AGUUGUGUGUGUGUGUGCGCUUUUAUGCCAAGCGUGUAUGAAUAGCCUGUCCGAGCCUUUCAGAAACUGCUGGUCUGGCUGUCAUGUGCAGUGCAAGUGGGGAAGUAUGAAUUCAGUGUGACAGGAGGGGUGUAUGUGCUUGUGAAAUGUGUGUGAGAUAGAGGAAGCAUCGCUGUGUGACUGAAUAUACUAGGACUCUCUCACGGGGUGCUAUAUUUUGCGUCGUAGCUCAGAACAGAAAGGACUAGAGCGCUGUCAUCUCUGAUGACCGCUGAUCAAGUGGAGAGUCCUAUUUAGCUUAGCAGCUCGACUGCACCAACUUGUAUAGCUACAUGUCAGUUCUCAAAGCUAACAAAAUGUAGCCGUACUUCUACAGACAGUUAUGGGGGGGUUAAGUGGCCUUAGCCUUAAGAGGCAGCCGAGCAUUCUGGGUAAUGGAGUUCACAGGUUCUCGUGGUGGAAAUGGAAGUAAAAUUUCUUGAGUUUGUUGCUAAAGUUCCAUUGGUGGGAAAAGCCUUUAUAGUGGAGUCGUAUGGCAGAAAGGAGGUCAAGGGAACAUCUGCAUCCUUCACUGUGGUCCCAAACCAUGAAUAUAGUGGGCCAGUUUGCAGAGACAGUGUUUGUGACGGUGAAGGAGCUGUACCGUGGCCUUAACCCAGCCACUCUCACCGGAGGGAUUGAUGUCAUUGUGGUGCGACAGCCUGAUGGAUCGUUCCAGUGUUCCCCCUUCCACGUCCGCUUCGGCAAGCUGGGUGUACUGCGCUCCAAGGAGAAAAUCGUGGACAUUGAGAUCAAUGGAGAAGUAGUUGACCUGCACAUGAAGCUGGGUGAUAAUGGAGAAGCUUUUUUUGUGGAGGAAAAUGAAAACCAUGAGGUCCCAGCCCAUCUGUGCACCUCCCCAAUUCUUCUCGAGCUCCCUGACGAGAUCGAGGAGACCCCUGAGGGAUCCUCCAGUGCCGGGUCUGGAGCUCGCAGGAAGAAACGCCGUCGCAAACGCAUUCGUUCUGAUUCUCACCUGAGAGAAGACGCAUGGUCCUCAUCAGAUGAGAGAGAAAGAGAGAAGGAGUGGGAGAGAGAAAGUGAUCAGGCCGGACAUGAGAGUCCGGUUAAAGAGGAUUCAGCUACAUCAAUGCAAGUCAGUAAGUCUGUGUACUAUUCGCUGUCUGAGGAGCCAGUUGAAGAGGUAGGGGCCACACAGACCAGAGACACUCAUCCACACUCUGAUGGAGAGCAGUCACCGUCUGAAAAUUGUGUGUUCUUCAGCCGGCCAUCCUCUCCUAAGAGCGACUCUGAGCUUCUGGUUCGAUCCCAGUCGUCUGGGCCUCAGAUGGAGUGGAACUGGGGAGGUUUUCCCAUGCUGUGUCAAUCUGAGAGGACACCCGUGGACGGACAGCAUAUCUGCUCUCAUUUCCGCACCAUUGAGAGACAGGACUCCUUUGACUUAGGCUACGAGCCUGUGAUCAGCUGUGGUAGAGUGGGCAGUGUAACAGUGGUCCGUCCACAGCCCAGGACUCAGUCCUUAGACCUAAGUAGCCACACUAUGCAAACCAGCCCUUUAUGUAUUGAGAAAAACGCUCACAUCGCCCAUUCCACCCCCAGUGACCUCUUCGAGCUUUGUGCAUCAUCAGCAAAGACUAAUGUGGACUCGACACAGGCACUUGAAUCCACAUUAGGGGAAGAGGAGAACAGAGACUCAUCUGCAAAUCUCUUUAACGGCAUACAUUCUCUUGCUAGUAAAGAAGGCAUCAGUGAGGAGCAUAUUAACACUGUGACCAAACCAAAUGACGCACAAAUACAGCUCAUAAAAGAGAGUGAAGACCGCAUAGUCACUGCAACAAGUGAGCUAUCAAACCAACAGCAGCAGGGUGCCUUAUCGGAGCAAAGUGAACAUAGUCCCACCACCAGUGCCCCAGUCAGCGAGGUGGACAGCGGGAUAGAUCCCUGUGCUGAGGGAGGGGAGGAGGAAGCUGGACCAGGAGGGCCUGAAGGGUCCGAAGGAGGCUCACUGACCAACAAAACAGAAGGUUUAGCAAACCCUUCUGAGACAUCCUCCAAAGUGGACCAACAGGGAAAGAAGAAAGGUAAACGUAAUCACCAUCUAGGACCAACAGAUAUUUACUUGGAUGAUCUGACCAAGUUGGAUCCUGAGGUGGCUGCACUCUACUUCCCCAAGAGUGAGACAGAGGGAGCGUAUCAGCAGGGGGCAGAGCAGGGCUCCGGCUCAGGGAGCCAGUCGCCUCAGUCAGUGGGCAGCGGGGCGAUGGACAGCGGCACAGAGUACCUGUCAGACUCCACCGCCUACAACAUGGACGUCAGCAUGUCCCUCUGUGGACAAGAGGGCGACACCAGCCAAAUCACUAAAGAAAAGUUUAUGGAACACAUUGUGACGUACCAGGAUUUUGCCAACAAUCCAGGAAUCAUUGAGGACCCAAGCCUUGUGAUCUGCAUCAACUCCAACUACUAUAACUGGGCCGUGGCUGCUCCAAUGGUCUUGUCAAUGACAACGUUCCAGAGGAGCCUACCCAAGAGUACGAUUGAGCGGCUGGUGAAGGACAAGAUGCCUAAAAAGUCUGGAAGCUGGUGGUUCUCCUGGAGGAGAAGAGACAUGGACAAUAACCAGCAAAAGAAUUCAAAGAAGGAGCCAGAGGAGCCACUCGCUGAGGUUUCUUCCACAGUAAAAGCCACGUUGGACGACAUAGAGAGUGAUGAGGCGGCGGGCCUCGGCCGUAAAGCCAUGAUUACUUCCAGCCUCUCGACAGAAACCCUGAUCGCCACUCAGUGUAUCACCCAGAUUUACCGCAAAUCACUACGUCUGACCUCUCAACAGAUAGAGCACUUAAACCUGCGUGAGGGAGCCAACAAGGUGGUGUUCAGUGUGACCACACAGUACCAAGGCACCUGUCGCUGUGAGGCUGCCAUCUACCUGUGGAACUGGGAUGACCGCGUCAUCAUAUCAGACAUAGACGGCACCAUCACUAAGUCUGAUGCUCUGGGUCAUAUUCUACCUCAGUUUGGGAAAGACUGGACACACAAAGGCAUCGCCAAACUCUACCACAAAAUACAUGAGAAUGGCUAUAAGUUCCUGUAUUGUUCAGCGCGGGCCAUAGGUAUGGCUGCCAUCACUAAGGACUACCUGCAGUGGGUCAAUGACAAGGGCAUUGUCCUCCCUCAAGGCCCUGUACUGUUGGCCCCCAGCAGCCUCUUCUCAGCACUGCACAGAGAGGUCAUUGAGAAGAAACCGGAGGUGUUUAAAAUUGCCUGUCUGAGUGACAUCAGAGACCUGUUCAACCCACAGAGACAGCCGUUCUACGCGGCCUUCGGCAACAGGACUAAUGAUGCUUAUGCCUAUAAGCAGGUCGGGGUUCCUGAUACCAGGUUAUUUACCGUCAAUCCAAAAGGAGAGCUCAUUCAGGAGAGGACUAAAGUCAACAAGUCCUCGUACAGCCACCUCAGUGAGCUGGUGGAACAUUUCUUCCCCAUGCUCUCUGUCAGAGGCAGCACGUCUGCUUUGGACUGUCCCGAUUACAGCAGCUCCUCCUAUUGGAAGCAGCCUCUGCCAGAAGUGGACUUUGAUACACUACUGUAGAAACAUACACACCCACAUCUACCAAAAGCCUCACACUGAUUUUAAAGCAAGCACGUAAGCACAUAAUGUUGUCUUCCUUUCCUGAAAGGUAUUUGAAAAGACUUUUCCCAGUGUGCCUGAAUAUUACCUUUGAUAGACCUGCCAACUGUAGUGCCUGUUUAUGAAACGCAGAAUAAACUGGAACAGAAGGACGGACUGUCCCGUCAUUUCAAGAUGGCGCCAAAUUUAGCCAUAAUAUGGAUGGAUUUAACAUCUGAAAAAUGAGUUUGUGAAACAGUAAGUGCUCUCACACUGACUGUGACUGUUUACACAAUAUUUAAAUGUGAAAAUCCUACAAAACAUUACAAAACUUUAUUUUAUGUACCAGUAGCAUAGUCAUUCCAAAAAGAUAAUUUAAACUGUAUUGGUAUAACUCCUAAAACUGUUGUGCAUUUAAACUCCAUACACGUACCAAAAAUACAUUUGUAGAGAAUUUAAGUUGCAUAAAGUGAAGCCUAAAUCCUGCAGAUGCCAAAAAUGCUGCCUGUUUUCUGUGAGUGAUCUGAAGAUCUUCAGUUCGCAGCUUGGAGCUCAUACUCAAAGUUGAGACAGACCCAGGCACACAAAGCGACAACACAAACCAGUUCUCCUACAUUCAGUUAAGACUGUGUGUCUUUGGACUUACGUGUCGUGGGGAGAGUUUUUAUAGCUGCAUGCACCAAGCAACCUUACGUUUGACCCUAAUAACUGGAGUUUUCACUGAGCAAUGUUGAGCAUUAUUCUGUUUUUGUGCUUUCUGAUUACAUGUGACUCACCUGAGUCAAAAGUAAGGAUAGCUUUGGAUGUGAAGCUAGAUUUUAGGUGUGGUAACUGCUGAAUCAAAGCCUGCAGAUGAAUGUGGAGAAGGAGUUGAUUGUAAGGGACAAGAGCAUUGUAUGUUUUUAAUAUCAGAGGACUGUAAGUAGAUCUGAGCAUUAGCAUCAGUGUCCACAUGCACAUUCCACAAGUCCUCCUUUCAGACACAGCACUACCAAGUUUAGAAAUGUUUGGACACUACAUAAAUGCAGAGGUGGGUCAGACUGACUUUUAUUCCAGAGAAAUGUAAACAGACCUUGAAGGGGGACAGUAGUCGGUUAGCCUGACACUGUGCCUUUGUGCUAUAAUGACUGUUUUAUUUAUUUAUUAUUUUUUGCAUAUAUUUCACCAGCUGACGAUUUUGCUGUUACUUCUUAAACCAAUUGUAUAAAUAUCUAAUUAAAUGUAAAAGACAACACU